AUGUAUCUACAGGCACACCUAGAGACACUUACGCAACACAUUGCUGGCACAACCAGCACUGAUGCCUCGGUGGACUCGCAGUUGUCACGCGAUCAUGUACAGGCACUUGUGUGCGUAUGGAUACACAGAGCGUGUGACGACCUGGCUAUGCUGAGAGAAGAGAAGAACAUGCUCGUACAUAUGGAGAAGUUGCGUGAAGAUAACGACGGGAAGAUGCCCGAACCGCCGAAGAACAACAAGCCUGCGUUUAAACCGUUUGUAUUGACCAAGGAAAUGGUGAAUAAAGGCAUCUUUGGUAACGGUUACCCAGCUCAGCCCACCAUGACCAUAGAAGAGGCUGCCGAGAGAGAACACAACCUUGGCAUGCACGGAUGCCACGGAGG